AUGGGUGCGGGCGAGUAUGGGGACACUGCAGACGGCGGCGUGGAGGAGGGUGGAGACCUCGCCGACUUGGGUGUUCCCGCCGCCCGGUCUGGCCCCGGACGCGCUCCGAGGGUGGGUGCUCACCUCGCCCCUCCGAGCCUCCCUUUGCCUCUCCGCAGAGUGGGCACAGCGACCGCGCCGGGCUGCAGGGCUUUUGAACGUGUCACCAGCUUGAAAGACGAUGACAGUGGGGACCAUGAUCAGAAUGAAGAAAACAGCACACAGAAAGAUGGUGAGAAGGAAAAAACGGAACGAGACAAGACUCAGGGCAGUGGCAAGAGGAAGGCUGUGGUUCCUGGCCCCGCAGAGCACCCCCUGCAAUACAACUACACUUUCUGGUACUCCAGGAGGACCCCCGGCCGGCCCACCAGCUCACAGAGCUACGAGCAGAACAUUAAGCAGAUUGGCACCUUUGCCUCGGUGGAGCAGUUCUGGAGGGUUUACAGCCACAUGGUACGUCCCGGGGACCUGACCGGCCACAGUGACUUCCACCUCUUCAAGGAAGGGAUCAAGCCCAUGUGGGAGGAUGAUGCAAAUAAGAACGGUGGCAAGUGGAUCAUUCGGCUGCGGAAGGGCUUGGCGUCGCGCUGCUGGGAGAACCUCGUCCUGGCCAUGCUGGGAGAGCAGUUCAUGGUUGGGGAGGAGAUCUGUGGGGCUGUGGUCUCUGUCCGGUUUCAGGAGGACAUCAUCUCCAUCUGGAACAAGACUGCCAGUGACCAAGCUACCACAGCUCGAAUCCGGGACACGCUCCGCCGCGUGCUGAACCUACCUCCCAACACCAUCAUGGAGUACAAAACCCACACCGACAGCAUCAAGGCCUGGGAGGAGUUCCACGGCCUGGUGAGCAGCAGCGGCCGCUGAUCGGACGCUCCCCUCUGUCUCUCACACGCAGGGGACAAUUCGAGCUUUCGGAAUACAAAAAUCACGUUGUGAAAGUAUGCAAGCUGGCAAUACUCCGUGUGUGUGUGUGUGUGUUGUCCGAAGCAGACAGGCAGUCUGCCGCCCGGCCUGGCGUCUGCACGCUGAAGGGGUAGCCCCGCCCCAGACGGGCUCCUGUUUGCACUUGUUCCUGGAGGUCCCCUUCCACGGCCACCUCCAGCCUCACCGACUUUAUAAAGCGGAGAAGCCGAAGCCGUGACUCUGAACAGACAGACUUGGGUCUGUAACGGGGUGCCGAGCAGGAGAUCAGCCCCUGCUCCUGCUGUGUGCCGUCCAGGCACCUGGCGUGCUGUGUGCCUCGGGUCGCAGCCAGCUGUCCUGAGAAGGGUCGUGAUGAUGAACGGCUGCACACCCAGGAAAAGCUGUGUCAGAGAGUCCGGAACACCUGUCAGUGCCCUCUUGUAGCUCUGCCAUUAAAUUAUUGGGACAUUUUG